UAUACUAGGAUAUAUAAACAAACCCACCACCUCAUCUCCAUGAAAAAUCCUCCAUAUAGAUUUGUUUUAUUAUUGUAUUCAUUUUAGUAUUCGUCAUUUCUUCCGUGUUUUUUUUUUCCAUUUUCUUUUUCCUUCUCUCUUUCUCUCUCGCUCAUUGCUUCCCUUGUAAUUCAAAACCCAAUCAACUAGCAAAAUUUGCAAGAUUUGGGCGGAAAUCUGGUCGGAUCUUGCUUUCUGGGUCGUGGAUAUUGGUGGGUCUGACUCUUAUUUACCUACAAAGCUAAAUCUUCUUUCUCCCUCCUCAUCCGCCUCCAUUAACAGAAACUACUGCAGCUCAAGAAAUUCUUGCCUUGUCUGUUUAAUCUCUGCGAUUCUUGUUUGAGCUUCGAUCUUGGAUUUUGCAAUGGGAAUGGCAGCAGCGGAGUCUCAGUUCCAUGUCUUAGCUGUUGACGAUAGUCUUAUAGAUAGAAAGCUCAUUGAGAGGCUCCUUAAAACUUCAUCCUACCAAGUCACAACUGUUGAUUCUGGUAGUAAGGCUUUGGAAUUUCUGGGGUUCCAUGAAGAAGAUGACCAAAACAACAACAAUCACCCGGACUCUCCCUCUGUUUCCCCAAACAAUAAUCAUCAGGAAGUAGAAGUGAAUCUUAUUAUUACAGACUACUGUAUGCCUGACAAGGCAGGUUAUGUGCUCAAGAAAAUCAAAGAAUCUUCAUCUCUAAGAAACAUACCGGUAGUUAUCAUGUCAUCUGAGAAUGUUCCUUCUAGGAUCAGCAGAUGUUUGGAGGAAGGAGCAGAGGAAUUCUUCUUGAAACCAGUGCAACUCUCUGAUUUGAAUAAACUAAAACCCCAUAUGAUGAAAACCAAAUUCAAGAAUCAUCAACAGGAGGAAGGAGGAAUAGGAGAAAAACCAGAGAGACAAGGACAAGAGUCAGCCAUAACCAAGUUCAAUAAUCAAAAACAAGAAGAAGAAAAACCAGAGAGGCAAGGACAAGAAUCGGCCAAAACCAAGUUCAAUAAUCAAAAACAGGAAGAGGAAAAACCAGAGAAGGAAGAAGAGUCAGUCAGAAAAGAGUUUGUCUCACAACAAACCAGUAAUAGCAAGAGGAAAGCCAUGGAAGAGGGGAUUUCGCCUGGGAGAACGAGACCCAGAUACAAUGGCAUCACUACCAUGGUGUAGUUUGAUCAUGGAAAAUAUUCUCUGUUUUUUUUUAUAAAUUAAACAAUGUAAUUCAGAUUAUCUUUUUUUUUUUGGGUCUCCCUCUUUGUUUUUUUGUAGAUUAUAUUUAUGACCUGCUGAUAAUACAGGGUUUAUAGGAAUUUGGAGGUAUAGACUUUCAUGUAUACAUUUUUACAUGAAAAUAUUUAAUCCAAUUUUGUUGUGCUGA